AGGAGGCGGGCGGCCCCGGCCCCAGGCCCCUCCCAGGCUCUGAGUCUCCCCGGCUGCAGGCGGAUGGAUGGGGCUUCUCCAGGCGGUGGCGGCUGCAGCGAAGGUGGCGGCGGUGGCGGCGGCGGCGGCUAUGGUGUGGUGGCUCGCUUCUCCCAGUGCCUGGCUGAGUUACGGACGUGGUUAAGAACCAACUGGUUGAGGUUCAAUGCAGACAAGACGGAUGUGAUGCUGCCAUCUGUUGAGUCUUCAAGUCCAGGAGGUUCAGCAACAUCGGAUGACCAUGAAUUUGAUCCAUCAGCUGACAUGCUGGUUCAUGAUUUUGAUGAUGAACGAACAUUAGAAGAAGAAGAAAUGAUGGAAGGAGAAACAAACUUCAGUUCUGAAAUAGAGGAUCUUGCAAGGGAAAGCGACAUGCCAAUUCAUGAACUUCUCAGCCUUUAUGGUUAUGAUGGUACUAGUCGACUACCUGAAGAAGAUGAGGAGGAGGAAGAAGAGGAGGAGGAAGGUGAAGAUGAUGAAGAUGCUGAUAAUGAUGAUAACAGUGGCUGUAGUGGAGAAAAUAAAAUUUACAGAAGAGGUUCUAAUGUUGUACAGAGACUUCCUAUGUACUCUUCACCCAGAGAUUUCCCUUAUGUUAAUAUCUUACAUAACCAUGGAAGAUUUAUCAAAAAUAAGAAGUCAAUAGUGGAACCAUACUACUUAAUUAAAACUACAGGCAAUUCAGAUUUCAUCAGUUUUUCCAUUAAUGUCCUUUUCCCUGGUCCAGGAUUUGACCCAGCACACCAUGCUACAGAAGAGAAUAUAAAGGAUUCAUCAGGUCAAGAGGAUGAAACUCAGUCUUCAAAUGAUGAUCCAUCACAAUCUGUUGCUUCUCAAGAUGCACAGGAAAUAAUCCGCCCACGACGAUGUAAAUAUUUUGAUACAAACAGCGAAAUAGAAGAAGAAUCUGAAGAAGAUGAAGAUUAUAUUCCAUCAGAAGACUGGAAAAAGGAGAUUAUGGUGGGCUCCAUGUUUCAAGCAGAGAUUCCAGUUGGCGUUUGUAGAUACAAAGAAAAUGAAAAAGUAUAUGAAAAUGAUGAUCAACUCCUGUGGGAUCCUGAGUACUUACCGGAAGAUAGAGUGAUUAUAUUUCUUAAGGAUGCAUCUAGAAGAACAGGUGAUGAGAAAGGUGUAGAAGCGAUUCCUGAAGGAUCUCACAUAAAAGACAAUGAACAGGCAUUAUAUGAAUUGGUUAAAUGCAAUUUUGACACAGAAGAAGCAUUGAGAAGAUUAAGAUUUAAUGUAAAAGCAGCUAGAGAGGAAUUGUCUGUUUGGACAGAAGAAGAGUGUAGAAAUUUUGAACAAGGGCUGAAGGCCUAUGGAAAGGAUUUUCAUUUGAUUCAGGCUAAUAAAGUUCGAACAAGGUCAGUUGGUGAAUGUGUAGCAUUCUAUUAUAUGUGGAAAAAAUCUGAACGUUAUGAUUUCUUUGCUCAGCAAACGCGAUUUGGAAAAAAGAAAUACAAUCUUCAUCCUGGUGUAACGGAUUACAUGGAUCGUCUUCUGGAUGAAAGUGAAAGUGCUGCCUCUAGUCGAGCACCAUCCCCUCCCCCAACUGCCUCAAACAGUAGUAACAGCCAGUCUGAGAAAGAAGAUGGCACUAUAAGCAAUAGUAAUCAAAAUGGGGUGUCAUCUAAUGGACCAGGUGAAUUAUUAAACAAAGAAGAAGUAAAAGUUGAAGGGUUACACGUUAAUGGACCAACAGGUGGAAAUAAGAAACCACUUCAUGCAGAUAUGGAUAGUAAUGGUUAUGAAACAGAUAAUCUUACCACUGACCCCAAACUUGCCCAUAUUGAUGAAAAAAGUGAGAGACCUGCCAAAAGGCGAAGGGUAAACAGCAAUGGAAAAGAAAGUCCAGGUUCUUCUGAAUUUUUCCAAGAAACAAUCUCACAUGGGAAAUUUGAAGAACUUGAAAACACAGAUGACUGAAUUUUAGACUUAUUUUACUUUCUUUGGAGUAAAUCCUGGUGUGAUUAAAAUUUUCAGGGUUGAUGGGUUACCUUAAAAACUUGAUUUCCUUGAAGUAAUUGGUUAAAAUUUGAAAACUGAAUUGAGUCCUAACUUUAGUAAAUACGAUUUCAUAAUUCUGCCUUUUGCAGAACUUUUAUUUUAAAACUAUAAAGACCCUUUUAAGGAUAUAACAAAUAGUUUAGUAAAUUUGAAAUAAAGAUAUAUCUGUACCUUCUCAUUGGAUGUACUAAUCCUAAAGUUUUACUAUAAGGUACUUUUUGCUUAAUUUUUAUGGCAGGGAAGAAAAAACAAAUUUUCUGCUUAACACCAAAUUUUUUUAGUUUAUUGAAAUCUUUCAGACGUUUUUCUCUAUAUACAAGUUGAGUAUCGUUAUUAAGGAAACCCUUAUGAAUCCUGAAAGUUAUGCUAGCAUGAUUUUUUUAUAUAUAGAAGUUUAAAAAUAAACCAAGUCAGGUUUGUAUAUGUAAAAUUGUUGACAUCAAUGAUGUCUUUCCAUAUUCUUAUCUGGGCUUAAGAAAUACAUUCUGUAUUUUUCCAGAUUCUUUGUAGCCUUUGAAAGAUUUUUACAGUACAUAUGUCUUGACUGAGCUGUUCUUUCUUAAUACAAAAGCUUGUAUAAUUUUCUUAACUUGUACAGUUGGUAAACUUUUAUGAGAGGAAUUGAUAUCUGAGUCUGUCAGCUUUCAUUUUAUUUUGCUAUGGUUUUUCUAAUGAAUUUUUAAGUGUUUUGUGUAGUAACUGAGUCAUGUUUCUUAUCCAGGUGGUAAAAGCAUUCAUGAAGGAUUGUGAACAUUUUUUUUUCAAUUUUUUACUUAUGGGCAAAUAGUGUGAUAAUUCUGAAAUUAAGCAUGAUACUUAGAUUUCAUAGUUUGUAUUUGCUAUAAUUUUCAAAAUUAUUUUUGAAGCAAGACAAACAUUUAAUGUUGGCUUAAAUGCUUAAAUGUAUCAUGCUGACCAGAAUCCUGUUCAGUUAUUUUUAUAUGCAUUAUGAAAUUUUCCAUUUUUGCAUUAAAUGAACUGGGGAAAAGGUCAAGUGAUAUUUAGAUAAUUGGCACACACAAAGAAUUGGCAGGCAGCAAUAUUGAUUUUUAAAAAGAAAAAGUGAAGUUAGAAAAGUUUUUGGACUUUUCCAGUUAAAAUCUAGUUUUUCAGAUUCGAUAGUAUAUUUCCAAAAUGAAAAUAAGUUAUACAGUAACUAUUGUUCUCUGAUUACAAAUAGGAUCAUCCAUUUGCAUAGCCUUGCAAGAGUGCCAUUUUAUUUUUAGUGCAAAAUUCUUGUUGAAAAAUGUAGUUUUAUACAGCUGAUAGACCAACCUAUAUCCAAACUUUUAUAAAAGAUUGUUACCUAUUGUUUUUAUCACACAGGCAUACCCCAAAUGCUUCUACCAAUUCAUUUCCAGCUAUCAGUUCAAGAGCUGAUGCCUUUUUAAAUAAAUCAUCUGUGAUUUUGUUUUUAA